AAAAGACGUAGAAGAAGAAGAAGAACGUUGGUUAGCAUAAACAGCUAGCGUAUCUGUGUGUGUUAUCUUCUACAGAUUUAGCAACCCAGCAAGACAAAUUCAACAAACAACAUUUCAUACCCGCGAACACAUCAAACCUACUUUCGGUUUCAUAUUCUGAAGGUCACUUUUCUCCUGGUACAGUAACACUGUAACACCACUGGCAGUCCUGUGACCCAAGAAAAUAAUGUGCUGCAGCUGAAGAUGGGUGGUAGUGGCUCCAAAUCCAAAGGAUUUUGGCCUUUUUCUGGCUCAGGUAGUACGGACGAUCCAACCAAAGAUGGAAGCGAGCAGUCAAUGGCGAGAGUACGAAGUUUCCCAGGCGCAACACCUUUUGUGUUUACUAGACGAAGCUCUAUGUUCUUUGAUGAAGAUGGUGACUUGGCCCACGAGUUCUAUGAAGAGACAAUUGUGACAAAAAAUGGACGUAAAAAAGCUAAGCUGAAGAGGAUUCAAAAAAACCUAACACCUCAGGGAAUUAUAAAGCUGGAGAUCCCUUGCAUCCAUGUAGAUUUCCCAGUUAUCCUCUGUGAAGCCUGAUGAUGCCUGAGCAGCGUCUCAGACAAGCCACUGUGUCAACUCCGUCCUGUGGUUUCCCCUACAGCUGGAAGCCUGAACCACCUUUUAAAACAACAUGAUCUCUUGAUAUAUUUGAUGCCCUUAUGUGGACAGGCUGAUGCAAUGUGUGCUGAGCCUCUGCAUGUGAUCUGUUUUGGCUUGUGUGCAGUUAGACACAGAAUAGGUCACCAGUGAGAUCUAGAGGGGUGCCAAGUUGGCAAAACCCUCUCAGUUUACAGAUCAUGGUUUGUGUGCAUGUACGUGUGAAUGCGUGUGCAGACACGGGAUGAAAUGCGACAGAGUCUGGGAUUUAUCGCAGCAGAUUGUUUUCUGGUAUGAUUCAUUGAACUCUAGGAGUUUGAGGAGAACGUAACCAGUUCUUCCCUCUGUCCCGCUCUAGCUAUGACCGUGACAGAGGGAAGAACUGGUUACGUUCUUCCCUCUGUCACGCUCUAGCUAUGACCGUGACAGAGGGAAGAACGUAACCAGUUCUUCCCUCUGUCACGGUCAUAGCUAGAGCGGGAACGUUUUAAGUGCACACUUUCUUUAUCCUUUUUUUUUUUCGACACCAUCAUGACUUGCUUUUUUAUGCAUGGAACAAGAUCUGCUUAUCAGUAAAUAGCCUAGGGAGUUGACAAUCAGUGGCCGUCAAAAUCUGAAGUGGAUUAAUGUCAUAUGUUGGAUGGACUGGCUUCAGUGACCUCAGAGCCACACAUGUACACAGCAGCAGUGAGUCUAAUGAGAGAUCCUGUUGUUUUGUUUGCUGCUUUGGCAUAAUAUGUUUCACUUUUAAUUUAUUAUAACUGUUUUUUAAUUACAAUAUCAAAUGCUAAUCUGUGUCAUGGUCCUUUUUUAUAUCAACACAUUAAAGCUGAACAGUGUAAUUAA